UCCGAGAGCUUGAAUUGAAUCGGGGCUCCUCGGUCCACGGCUGCCGUCUCUCCGGAGUCACCGCAACAGCAGUAAGCGAGGACGACGCGAUGAUGUCGAGUCUGCAGACAGUCGGCGUCGUCGCCGCUAGCGGUAGCAGCGGCGGCGGCGGGCGGACGUCGCUGGUGCUCGCUUUCCUCGCGGGCGCAGGAGCCGUUACCGGUGCAGUAGGCCUAGGCCUCGGUCUCUCCUGGAUCCGCCGCCGAGAUCAGGGCGCCUUGGGCGGCGGAGACCGCGAUGACGCGACCGGGUUCUUCGCGAUGUCUCCGGUCUCUGAAGCCGUCGCGGCUCUGCUGGAGCGGCAGGCCCAGAUGGCCGAGCAGAUCGUGGCCGUGAUGCACGGUAUGGAGGGCCUGAGGGAGGAGCUGAGCGCCCUGCUGCGCGAUGGAUUGCCCGCGGCCGUGGAGGAGGUGAGGAGAAGAACCGAGAGCCUUGCGCCUCCCGGGGGUGCCUGGGGAGGCGGACGCAGACGCAGGGGACUGCCUCGCAGACGCAACUCCGACUCGGACGGAUCCGACUCCAUCUACUUCGGCGCCAGCAACGGCGGCGGCGCCGAGAGCGAGGGCGGCUACGCCACGGCAAGAGGCGACUCGGACGAUGAUGAAGACAACGAGAAUUCUGUCCCAGCGCGAUGCGUGACUCAGGCCUCCUUGGUGGGCGGCGAAGCAGUGAAGCAGGAGGUGGAAGAGGGAGUGAACGACGCUGAGGUUGAAGCUGUCGUUGUGCCACUGGACAGCACCGCAGAUGAGGAGUUGAUGCGGCUGCUCGUGGAGGCCGACCGGUUGCACUCGGGCGACGCCAGCAGCCGAGAGGAGGGGUUCCGCGUCCUGGAUCAGCAGAGGGGCACGUACAGCAACAGCGCAGAAUUCCUAUGGCGCCUCGUACGUGGGUACAGCGACUUGUUCGAGAUGACCACGGACACGGAACAGAAGAAAAUCUACGCCAAUGCCGGAAAGGAAGUGGCAGUAGAAAGUAUCAAGGUCAACGAACAGAGUGCAAACUGCCAUCAGUGGUAUGCAGUCAUGUGCGGAUUUUUAGCCGACUAUGAAACGACACAGAACAGGAUCAAGAAUGGAUUUCUUUUCAAGGAGCACAUCGACCGCGCUAUCGAGCUCGAUCCCAGCGAUCCGCUCAACUACUACCUCCUGGGACGCUGGUGCUACGGGGUGUCUCAGCUCACGUGGAUCGAACGAAAGGUGGCAGCCACUCUGUUUGCGGUCACCCCAAUGGCGACCAUCCAGGAUGCCCUCGACAACUUUCUAAAGACAGAAGAAUUGAAGCCAAAGUUUUCCAAAGCCAAUCAGGUGUUCAUAGCUAAGUGCUAUGAUCAACUGGGAGACAGCGGCAAUACUUUGAAGUGGCUCAACUCUGCCUCUCUCAUGGAUAGCGUCACCGCUGAGGACGAAGAGGCAACUCGUGAUUUGGAGGAGAUGAUGAAAAACUUUCGUGUUUGAAUGUCAGAAAAUAUGGACUGGAGCCACAAUGCUGGAACCACAGCAGGACAGACAGUGUACCGCGGAUCUAUUUCAAAGCGAAUUUUCAAGUCUGUCCACUUUAGCACAAUUAUGUAUGCAUAUUCUUAGCUGCAAUAGUUGCCCGUAUACGAAUUUUAUAUAUUUUAAGAACAUAGAUCUUUGUAAGGAUUUUAAUCACACCUAUGUUUUAAAGGUGGUUUUUGAGCCGGUGUGUUGUUUUCAUGCGAUUGUGUUUUAAGGUGCCGAGAUAAAACCUUUAGAGCAGUAACUAUUGGCGUUUGUUCAUGGUGGUAUCAGUCUGAUAAAUUUCCAGACAUAAAAAAACACUUCAACCUCUUAUGUGACACAUUGGAUUUUACUCAGCCUUCAUAUUUCACCAGGAAUUGGUGUGAAAGGUGUGGGCGAUGCACUGUACUGUGAAGGCGGAUUGCCCGUGCAAUAACUUGUGUAGUCUUUUAACGAAGUUUGUAUUUAUAUACAAUAGUCGGCGUGGACACUGUUGUUUGCAAUGGGCCAAACGUAACAAAGAGUGCGUAAUGGUGGCGAGUGAACAUAUUUAACCAUUCCACAGUUUAUUCCUAAUUUGCGCAGAGUGCUGGUGAAUAUUCACAUUCCUGAUUUAAAGGAAAAGGUAUGGCGGGUGGGGGGGUAGGGUUUGUGCAGACAUUCUCAAGUAAAACAUUGAGAAUCCCCAAGCUUUUGCUUAAACUGGUCAAAGAUCAGUGUAAUUGGCCAAAGGGUAACGCAUGCAUUUGUCACGCUUUCCAACGAGGGUUGAACGUGUUUCUCCUUUAGCUCAGUCCAUUCGUAAUGGUAGGGGCUGGACACUCUGUCAAACAUGGUCUCGUAUGAAAGAAACUUUAGUAUAAAGUUGUGCUACUGUGUUGUACCUACCCUGUUGAAAACUAGUCAAAAUGAUCAAAGGGUUGAAAAACUCGGGAUGUCUAAAACCAGAGCAAAAAUAUACUAUUACAAAUAUGCAAAUGAAUUGCUGUUGUAAAUAUACAAACGGCUGUCAGUUUUCCCUUGUACAAGUUACAUACUUCCGAAGGCUAACAAACGUUGGAAAGUGUUGCAGUCCAUGGGAAUGCAUGAUUUGUAUUGUUCUAUUACAUUGCACAAUCCAUCAUCAACACUGCCAGUCUCAAAAGCGCCGUAGCCCACUCUUAUCGGAUUGAUUAUUUCAUACAUGGGUUGCUAUAUUACUUAACAUAUCCUAAUAUUUGUUUGGUUUGCUACACCUGUAUUUUCAGUGUGGAUUUUUGUUGUGACAUUUCAGUUUAAGGUGACGUGGAAAUGACAUCACAAUUGGCAAUUGUAUCAGGCUACUUUUGGUGCAGGGUUGACCAUGUUAACGUUGAGUAUUUUACGGCUUUUUCGGUAAAUUAUUGCUGCCUCGGUAAUUUGUGAGACCCCUUCACAAAAUACUUUAGCUUUUAUUUUAAUCUGUCGCAUCGUGAAAUAUUUGAUUUCAGUUUAUGCUAGGAGAGUGCUUGUGAAUUUAUUUCUCUUGUGUGUGCUGCCGUUCGUUACACACGUGCAGGUUUAGUUGUGUGCGUUGUUUCUCGUUUGAUGCAAUGAGCCCUAGAAAAGACGCAUGCCUGUGUGAUGGAACAUUGCGCAAAGGAUUUUAGGCUUGAAUAAGUGAUACAAAUAGUACGUAUGCAGACCUGCCUUGUUAUACAUAAUGAUACCCAUUUUUGAUUACAGUUAAGUAUUCGCAUUAUGUUUCACUGACCUGUAAUGCGCCAGAUCUAAAAAAGCUAAGCUGGGUUGAGAUUGGAUCGUGUUUGGAUUGGUGAGGGCAAUGGUCUCCACCUUCACUGAUAACUGUGGUCAGUUCUUGUUAAUUCACCGACGCAAUCCACACGCCGUGCCGGAGGCCCUUAUCCAGCAGUGGAUUGACAAGGGCUGUACAUGUACAUAUUUUAUAAAUAUAAUGCCUUAUGAGAUGACACUGGUUACGUGCAAAGCAUAAAAUACCUUAAUUCUGAAUCGUGAGUGAAUAUGGCAGCUAAACGGUGGACUAAACUGGUGGACUAAACGGAUUUAUUAUUUUGUUGGCUGCGGUCAUUCGUCACCUGAUUCCUAUUUUAAAGCAAUCGCAUUGCUUGUGAAGAGCUGACACUAAAAGAGCCACCCAGAAUUCUUACAUUGCUAAAUAAAGCCAUUGCAUAAUG